AUGAAGUUCUUUCAACACCUGCAUCUUGCCCCCUUGGCAUUUGUGAUGCUUCUGCAAAUGAUACCUCUAGUUUCUGGCUUUUCUCCACGAACCAUGAUUUCAACAACCACAACACCCAGCUUGACGGAACGGUUCCCUCGAGGAGUACCUGACAGUUCUUCUACCCGUCUGUUUAACGGGAAGAUUUCCAAAAAGCGCAAGGCGGAACUGGGCAUCCCCGAUGGAGCGGACGAAUACGAUUUGUAUGAGGCAUUGCGCAACAAUACAGAUGACACCAUUUCAAAAGUGGUCGCCGGUUCCUUUAUUGUGGUCAUGAUUGCUCUCUUGGUGGCGGGCAUUGUGGUUCCGUCUCUGACUGAUUACGGAGAAGGUGUCUGCAAUCCUAUCUUGACGGCUGGAAGGUGUUAA